AUGGCGCGUCCUGCUUCUUCUGUCUACUCGCGGCCUUCUCCUUUUGCUGUUGAUGCUGCUACUUCUACUUCUACUGGUAAUAAUGAUAAUGAUGGUACUUUGGCUGCUGCUCCGAGUGACUCGACAGUGACCUCGAUAGGAGGCCUUCUCAGGACAGCAGAAGACGACACAGACAGGACACUCGUACACAAGAUAGACAUAGACAGGAUAAAGAAGAGGAAGAAGCCAGAGAAGAGGACAGACGUGCUUAACGCGGUGAUACUCUUCCUGGCGCUGGUGCUGGCCGUCCUGCUGGUCCUAAGCUGCGUCAUCUCCCUCGGAGGCUUCAACAGGGCAUCUCUUGCUUCUCCUGCUUCCACCGGUGUAACGCCUUCGUCGGGCAUCAAGAUCUCGCCUGGCAUGCCGGACGAGCCAACGGUCACUGCAUCCACAGCCACGUCGACAGGGACAGCUACAGCUACAGGUACCUCGACAGGAGGAAAAGAAGACCUGUCUGCCCUGGUGCCCUUUCUCACUUUUGCCGGAGGGAAGACCACCGCUACCACUAGCUAA